CCUUUUAUUUUCCUCCGUCCCCUUCCCUUUCCUUCCCUUCCCUUCCCUUUACUAUUUUCUAUCCAAACAGUACGUAAAUGUGUGGUAACGCCGCUCCGGACUACAUUGUCCAAAUCUGCCAAAUCAAGCGCUCUUUCUCAUUUCCAUGGUGUCCAAUGACUUUUCUGAGAUUCUCCCUCGCGUCCUCAUCGUCUCCAGGGGUAGCGUUCGCAAGAAUAAGUUUGUAGAUUUUGUGGGUGAAAUAUCAUCUUGAUCUUAUAGUUGGGUAUGGAGCUGUACCAGUUAUUGUUCCCCGAGUCAGUAGGGUGCAUAUGUUGUUGAACAGUUUCGAGCCGAUGCAUGGGGUUCCUCUCUGUUAAGGGGAAGACAUUGACCCAUCUCUCUAUGAGGCGGAAAUAUCCGGCCUUUCGCGGGAGGAAUUCGAAGAAAUCAGGAGAUUGCAUGCCAGCGAUACUGCCAUUGAUAAAGAAAAGGAUUCAAUCGAGUUGAGCCUGGCGAAUCUUUGCCUCGAGAGGAACAUCCCCUAUUUGGGAAUUUACAGGGGUUCGCAAGUUUUAAAUGUUGCAUGUGGAGGGACCCUUUAUCAAGACAUCGGUAAAGAACUGUCGAAAAAGUUGCCGGAAAAUCAAAGGGUAGUGCACAUUGAGUGUGAUAAUUAUGAUGGGCAUAGGCAUGCGAUGAAGGUGGUAGAGAAUACCCCUUUUCAUAAAUGGUUUAAUGAUUCUCUGGAGGAAGAGAAAAUGGAGAUUUGGGUUAUAGUUAUCAUCAUCAAGGUGUUAAGAGAUUAGCGUAACGUUUUGUUCCAAUGGCUUUUGCACCAGAUGGUCUUAUUGAAGGUUUCUAUGAUCCAGAUGCUUAUAACCCAGAAGAGGGUAAGUUUAUCAUGGGUCUCCAAUUCCAUCCCGAGAGAAUGAGGCGGCCGGAUUCUGAUGAAUUUGAUUAUCCAGGAUGCCCAUCUGCUUAUCAGGAAUUUGUUAAAGCAGUAAUUUCUUAUCAGAAGAAGCUUAAUAGCACAACAUCUGUGCCAAAGCCUCUCAAACUCAAUCAGGAAAUGGAGAAGAAAAAGAAAAAUGAUAAUAAGAAGCUUCUCCCUUGCCGAAAACUUAUACUCAACAGGUUCUGAGAUGCAUCCUUCAAAAGAAUCUGAACUUCAAGCUGGGGCAGAAUUUCUUGAGUCAAAUACAGCUUUGAGCAUUCAACAAGAGAACAGAUUGAAGCAGAUGGGUGCAACUGUGUGAAAUGCAGAUUCUUAUAUUGAGAGAUUAGAGCAGUUGGCUGAUCUCUUAUCUUUCUACCACAUGAUGGGGAAGAUAUGUUCAGAAGUGCUAGAAAGGAAGGUUCAUGGCAUUGUCACUGACCUUGGCUCUUGAGGCCUCCUCUCCAUGAUAUUUGAAGGAUAUGCUUUUUUGUUAAUAAACGGACAGGUCUCCA